AUGGAGGACCCUGCGAAGAAGCUGAACCAGAAGAGUGACGGCAAACCCCGGAAAGUACGAUUUAAAAUCUCUUCCUCCUACAGUGGCCGGGUGUUGAAGCAGGUCUUUGAGGAUGGGCAGGAAUUAGAGUCGCCAAAGGAGGAGUACCCUCACAGUUUCCUCCAAGAGUCCCUUGAACCAGUGGAUGGUGUUUAUGGGUCUGGGGAAGCCCCCAAACCUCGGUCGUACUCCCCUAAGCUGACUGCUCAGAGGAUCAGCGUGUUUCGAGAGGGUAGUGCCUACACCUUGGCGAGCAGCCAGCCUUUCUUCAAUGAUUACAAGGCGAAUGACCGUAAGUCCCCACCUAUUAUAGAUUUUGGAAAGAUAAUCAUCUACACGAAUAACCUGAAAAUCAUUCGAACUCCAAUGGACAAGAGAGAUUUCAUGAGGAAAAUGCUCCAGAAGGAAGAGGAGGCUGAGGAAGAGUCUCUGAUGAGCAAAGAAGAAAUCUAUGGAGACCAGAACGAUGGGCCUUUGGCAGGGACGGGAGGCACCUUCCCCCAUAACCAGUACCCACAGGAAGGGGAGCUUCCCGAGGACAACUGUUUUCACUGCCGAGGAUCGGGCAGUGCCACCUGCUCUCUGUGCCACGGCAGCAAGUUCUCGAUGCUGGCCAACAGAUUUAAGGAGUCCUAUCGGGCCCUGCGGUGCCCUGCCUGCAAUGAGAAUGGCCUGCAGCCUUGCCAGAUUUGCAAUCAAUAGCCCGUGGCUUUGUAUGUCCGCUUUUAUCGCAUCCUCCCUAAAGCUAUUUGUAAUCAACUGCCCCUCCUCCACCUUCUCCUCCCUCUCCCAGCAAGGAAGCCACCGUGGCCGGGAUCACUUCCACCACUGGCACAACUCAGUUACUCGAUGAUAUUUCGUGAGGCUGGUGACAUCUCCAUGUGGGUCUAAGUGGCAGAGGCAUUUUUGAAUUAGAAUCUGCUUUGAAACUGGUUCUCAAAUGAUCCUUCCAGGACCGUGUGCAUGUA